AUGCGCAUACCAGCUCUGACAUUUCGAAAACCUCUUAGGCAAUUAGGAACUGCCCUCGAAUGGCCCGAGGCCCGGAAGAAUGCCGAUAAGGUUAGAAAAUGGGGUAUCGAGGUUGGUCUUGUCGCCAGGAAAAAACGUCGAUUCCGGAUGAUUGACACUCAGCGCCAGCAACUUCUCGCUAUCUGGAAUAGAGCCAAGGGGAAAGAACGGGAUGUGCUUCUCUGGGGAGAUGAGGUGAUACUUCCCGAUCUGUGUCUGGGAAUCCACCGGAAAGUUCGACUGUCCCUUGCGCAAGCCGAUAUCCUUAAGUCGUUGGCCCGAGAUGCGGCUCUACAUAAGGUUGGAGGAGACGUUUCUGAUAUGAAAGCCAACCAUGAGGGCGAAACAUUACCGACGUUUCACCCAGAAUUUGGAAGAUUUAUGUUGGAAGCCACACCCGGACGACCCUGGGGGAUUAAUCUCUCAGAUUUGCUUAAGGUGGAAUCAAAUAUGCGCUGGAGGAGAGAAAUCGCAAAAGGGCACAUGGCUGAUAAUGAAUACCCCAUCACACUCACCACUUUCCCGCGUCUUGGAAGUCCAGACGACUAUAUUCAACCCUAUUACCCCCCUUCCGGCCCUGCGCUGCGAUCUCAAUUCGUCCCAGACGAGAUCGCCAAUCCUCAUAUCAGAUUUCCAACAUUGGCUGCCAAUAUUAGAUCCCGACGAGGGCGCAAGGUAGAAAUAAACGUACCUGUAUUCAAGGAUACGAAUACGCCAUGGCCAUUCAAUGACCCUACAGUGAAUUACGACUUGCAUGACUGGCCGGAAGAUGACGACGUGAGGAACGGCGCUGCUAAAGAAGGUCAUGUAUAUAUGGAUGCCAUGGCAUUUGGCAUGGGAAGCUGUUGCUUGCAAAUAACGUUUCAGGCCAAGAAUAUUACUGAGGGCAGGACACUAUAUGACCAAUUAAGUCCAUUGGGGCCGAUCCUAUUGGCCCUUACGGCUGCGACCCCGAUAUAUAAAGGAUUCUUGGUGGACACCGAUGUAAGAUGGAAUCAGAUAAGUCGGGCUGUCGAUUGCAGAACACCGGAAGAACUUGGUGAAAAGCCUCUGAAAAAUGACCGUUGGAGAAUACCAAAAUCACGAUAUGCAUCCAACUCCACAUAUAUUUCGCAGGAUCGAAGGUUACGAAAAGAGUACAUGGACCCGAAUCUUGUCAUUGACGAAGAUAUAAAAAAACGAUUGAUAGAAGGAGGCAUGGACGACUUGCUGGCAACACACUUUGCACAUCUCUUUAUUCGCGAUCCGAUCGUCAUUUUCUCCGAAGACUUGAAAGAAUUAGAUCUGAAUGAGGUCAACCAUUUCGAGAACUUGCAAUCAACCAAUUGGCAGCAUAUGAGGUUCAAGCCACCUCCACCUGACAAGGAUAUUGGCUGGCGAGUGGAGUUCCGAUCAAUGGAGAUUCAAAUGACGGAUUUUGAGAAUGCUGCAUUCAGUAUCUUCAUUGUGCUCGUGACUCGAGCCAUUCUCAGCUUCGACUUGAACUUUUAUAUCCCGAUACAACGAACGACGGAAAAUAUGGAAACGGCACAUGCUCGGAAUGCGGUUCUAGAGAAGAAGUUCUAUUUCAGAAAGGACCCCUUCCCACCUAGAUCAUCACGACAGUCACACCUACAUAACAGUGGAACCGAACCAUCUUCUGCUGGUUCUUCAGCUACAGUCAGCGCUCCCUCGUCGCCACCACUAGGACCUGUCGAUUCAGAAUAUGCAUUGAUGAGCAUAGCGGAUAUCAUCAACGGAUCCGCAGAUGGCACGUUCCCUGGUCUCAUUCCAUUGGUGGAAUCAUACUUGAAUAGCGUUAAUGUUGAUGUCGAGACACGAUGCUCAUUGGCACGAUAUUUGGACUUGAUCAGGAAACGAGCAAACGGCACACUUUGGACUGGAGCAAAGUGGAUCCGCGAUUUUGUUGACAAUCACCCGGACUAUCAACAUGACAGUAGGGUAUCAGAAGGUAUUACCUAUGACUUGGUCAGGGCUGUACAGGCUAUGGAAGAACAGGAAGGAAAGGCCGGCAGUAUAGGAUGGCAAAUGCUUACGGGUCAGAAGUGA